CCCCUCCCCUGCCAUAAAUACCUCUGGAGGGGCCAGCUGGCCCGUAGAGCUGGCAACCUACAAGAUGGAGCCUGGGGCAGUGGUGGGUGCAGGAGGGGCUCAAGGCAGCAGGGGGUCUUGUGCAAGGGUGUUGUGCAGGAACUUUGCCCGCGGAGCCUGCAGAUGGGGUCAGAACUGCCGUUUCUUGCACGACAGGAAGUCGGCCCAGAUCUGUAGGUAUUUCCAGAACGGGUUCUGUGGCUACGGAGACCGCUGCAGCUACCAGCACAUCCAAGAAAACCCAGGGCCUGCUUGGAGCCUGUGUGGGUCUGAGCCUCCCUUGCUGAGCCGCCGGGGCUCGGAGCCGGCCAGCGUGCCAGAGGCGAUAGCUAGGAGCUGGGGAGGAGGAGCCAGGCGUGGCUCUGCGCCGGCGGUCCCUAGCGUCGCACAGCUGCAGCUGAACUUCAUGUAUCUGAGCACUGAGUUUGAAGAGGAAGAGUAUGACAAGGAAAAUGUCCCUGACACCCAGCACCCCUCAGACUGGGCCCUCGGCAGCGAGUUUGUCCCACGGCAGGCCCAGCAGGACUCGGGUGAGGGUUCAAGAAGAGGAGAGACCGGACCUGAGAGAGCUGCUCUGGAGCCAGAAGUCAUGUCCAGCAAGACCAUCCUACCAUCUGCUCACAGCAUGGAGGCUGCCGGGGAGCUGGGAGCUAGUGCUGCUGCUGGGGUGGAGAUGAAGAGCAAGGACGUGGUGUGUGGCAUCUGCAUGGACAAGGUUUAUGAGAAGGCCUUGCCUCAGGAGCGCCUGUUUGGGAUCCUCCCCAACUGCAGCCAUGCCUACUGCGUUGGCUGCAUCAGCAAGUGGCGGAAGAGCCGGGACUUUCAGAACGCCGUGAUAAAGGCCUGCCCCGAGUGUCGAGUCAUGUCCAGUUACUUCAUCCCCCACAAAUACUGGGUCUCUGACACGAACGAGAAAGAGAAGUUGAUAGAAACCUUCAAGGCACGGACUGGAAAAAUCAGAUGCAAGUUCUUUGUCCGAGGUCGUGGCCACUGUCCCUUCAAAUCGGAGUGCAUCUACCUGCAUGAGCUGCCUCGAGGCCAGUGCCCUGCCACGAGACCCCCUCGGCACAGGCCGCAACGCAGAGGAAGCCCCGUGGUGUUCAAUCCCUCUCCUUCAGAGAGCUCUGACGAAGAGGGAGAUGACUUCUUUCUUGUCCAGUGGGAGCUCACCUGUGCCCUGUUGCAAGAAGGUUUUGGGUACUUGGACAAUUGCCGUGAGAUUUUCUACUGUGAUUCCAGUGACUCUGAGUAAACCAGUGACCUGGGGAUCUAUGACUGGGCCUGGAUGGAUGGAUGGCUUUGUUGCCACCAGCAACUUGUGAAACUACUUUGGGGUUGGGGUGGGGAAGAGGAAGAGAUGAUGACCUUCUUUUAAGCUGCUCAGCUGUCUUUCUGCCUGGCAGGGCCUUUAGUAUCUCAUUUGGAGCUGUUCUGUAGAUGGGAGACUGUAAUGCAAGAUCCUGCUUUAGACAAGGAAGCUAGCUUCCACAGGGAGAGGGAUCUCUCUCGCCUUUUUUUCUGGCCUGCCUAGUGUGAGACAUCAGCCCCAUUACCGCUUCAUGUCACACUUCCUUCCCUCCCUUCCCUCUGCCCCUUCUCUUAUGAAUUUCAUGUCUCUACCUUCCCCUGGAGCAAGCAGCCGGGAGGCCUCUUGCCAGGGUUUGUAGUGUCCUGCAGUCCAGCAUUGCACCCUUGCAAGGCUGAGCGGUCUGUACUUUUGUGCUGCUGAUGCUGGUCUCUGGGAGGAGCUGGCUGAGCAACACUACCCACAUUGGGCAGUUCCUGCAUCUUUGCUGCAGCGGUGCAAUGCUGUUGGCUGCCUGUAUUUAGACUUAAGAGGGGCAGCAGUCCAGCAUUAGUGUGUGUGCAGGGGGUAUGGGGUAGGAGAGUGUUUGGCGGUUUUUACUGAUGCAGAGAUCCGUCUUGGCAGCUGUGUAACCUGAGCAGCGAGCCCUAUGAACUGGAAGGGCCACUGCCUAUUCCCUGAGCUGCCUGUGCCUGUACAGGGCAACUUUUUUUUUUAACUCUUGCAACUUACAGAUUUUGCUGAACAAUAAAAUGAGCUUUAAAAAAAAUCUGCCAGUCCUGUUUCCCCCUAAACCCAUGGCUUUGGUGGCUGAAUUGCUUGUUCAUGUGCCACGGUGGGUCCUAAGACAGCAGCCUUCACUGCUGGCAUCUGGUACUGGCCCCAGCACUUCCUUCCCUCCACUAGAAACCAAUUACCGAAGCCCCUGCCUGUGGGCUGGCCUUAUAUAAGGCUUGGAGUGGAGGCAGCUUGUUGGAGCAGGAAUGCUUCCUUUGUCAUCUGCUGCCUUCUGUCUCACCCUCACUUCCCAAUAGCGUAAUCUCU